GUCAGUGUAACUGUGAUUACCAUUGCUUAGCGACGGGUGCCUACUGAGCUUUUUCCUCUCCUUUUUUUCUUGUUCCACUUAAGUUGAGAGAUAUGAAAACACGUGAGACAUGAUCAAGAUAGCUGAAGUGACAGAAGCCCCUUGUGCGCUCAAAAAGUUCCUUUACCGUAGUAAGUUUUUUGGCCUCUGGAAGUCAUUUUUAUGCCAAUGAGAAAAGCAUAGUCUUGCCUUUAAAUUCCACAAGGGUGAUACUUGUCCUAGCAAUUGUGCUGCUGAUGUUAUGGGAUUUUAUAAAAGAGUUUUGGACAGUGUUCCAUGGCUAGGACUCUUACAGACACAACAAAGCUGAUCUUUGAUGGAAUAAGUGGUUGCUUUUGGAAGUUGCUACUAAAGUUCCACAGGCAAUUUGUGCCUUUUUAGUAUAUUUACAAAUGAGCCAGGGGAAAGGGAGAUGAUGGAGUUUGCUAUCAACGCCUAAGUUAUUCAAUGUGGUAAAAAAGAAAGAAUUGCAGAAUGGUUUCAUGAUGCUGCAUGGUGUUACAGUGCAGUUCAGUAUUGGUAAAUGCAAGGUAAGAGAGUAAGUUAUUCAGCCUAAAUAGUCACGUGCCUACAGUGAAGUUGCAUGCCCACAUCUCAAAUGCUGCAUGCAUUUGAAGAUAAGUGCUGACUGCAACUUUUUUUCCCCCCAACAAAAUAGGGUUUACCGUUUUCUUUCAAAACUGAUAGCGAUGCUGUCUCUGUUUCUGUAGUAGCUAAGUAAAGCAUUUGUUCAGGAAUAAAGGAAUAAAGACCCCUUAACCCCUGAUUUAGACAAAGCUCAUAUUGCAGCUAUGAGACUAGAUGGCAAGGAGGCUGCUGUGGGCUAGAUACAUGAUCCUGCUGCCUACAUUUUUCGCAAAUGCAAGGCUGGGUGAGUGUCUGUCACAGGGAGCAGAAUUCCAUUGCCAUCAGAAUGACUUUUUCAGUCAGAAACGGUGCAUCUUUGUAUGAGAUUGCAGGUUGAGUGCCUUCAGUUUCUAAUACUUCUAUUAGAAGUGAGUUAAUAGGAGUUUAAAGUCUGGUGGAAAUUAAGAGGAAUGGGAGAAGACAAGGCAACUCAUCAUGCAUUCAUAUUUAUUAGCAGAGAAAGCAGUAAGCUUUGUAUCCACCACCACUAUGGUGAGCUAUCAGAUCAUGGGGUAUUUUCAUCCUGUCUGCAAUUAAAUAGAUCUUCAGAGUGUGGAUACAUUAGAAAAGAUACUUGCAGAUAUUUACCCUACAGUGAAUCUGAAUAACAGACUUCCAGCUUUGACAUGAGCCUGACUGAAUUAGGAUAGCAUGGAGCAUUCGACACAUGGUGGAUGGCGCACAGAAGGAGUAGGCAGGAUGUUAAAGAAGUCAGCGUGCUUUACAGUGGCUACAUGCUUUACUCCAGGCUAGAAAAAAUAAUUACAAAAUUAAGUAUGACCUGGGCAAACAAAUGGUUAUAUCUGGGUAUUUGCAGUCAGAUUCAGAAAUGUAAUGGGAGCGGGUAAGCACCUAGGUAGAAAGUGGGCUGUUUUUACUAUGUGAGAGCAUUCAGUGUCUUAUUAUAGUUACAGUAAUUUCACAGUAAUCUCUUGCUGUUUCAGAGAUGCCAUGCAUUGGAGAAUGGAAAUGUUAGUUCUUCCUACUUACUUGAGGGACUGUGAAAUGCUGCUUAAGUUGUGGGUUUCUCAGUGUUAGCAAAGUGUUAGCUCUAGGGAACUCUGAGAAAAACAACAUGAAGUUAUUUUUUUUUCAGAGUAGUUCCCUGCGGUAUAAUUUUUAGUGCUUUGUUCCAUCCAAUUUUAAAUCACUCCACUGCUGGAGCUUUUAUUUGCCUUGUAGCUUUUCUACUAACAAGUCUCACUGCUGGCAAUUUGUUCUUAACUGCAUUUGCUAACAUCACUUGUAACUAAUACCAUUCUAGACCACUGUAAAAUUAAUAUCUCUUCACAAUCUCCAUAGGGUUCUAGUUGUUGCAAGCUUAUCUAAGGCCUCUUUAGAAAUCAGCUGGCUAUUCUCUAUAUUUAUUUUUAAUUAAUCCAUACAACAGUUUCCUUAACCCUUAUUGUUGCUAGUGUAGGAAGUCUGUGGGAUCAGAAGUGCAUAACCUUUGCAGCAGCAGGAGCUUGCAUUAGCAGCUUGCCAGGAUGCCUGGGGGCAGCACCUAAUUUCCAUAUAUAUUUACACAGGAUUUUAAUCAGAAAUAGAUGCACAUAGUAGCAUUUAUUUAUAGAGUGCUGUAAGUAUAUGCAGCACUUCAGAGCACAGAAUCUGCUUUGAAGGCUGCAGGGAAAGUAAAAUCAAUGGGGAAGCCAAUCUCUUACUCAGCCCAGCUGCUCAAAAGCAACGUUUUUUUCUUGAAGCAAACAGAUUUUAUAUUUACCACCUAUGAUUUGUUUGGGGAGUGGUGUGGAGAUGACACUUGUUUUCUUUAAUAACUGUAUCUAACAAUGGGCAUUGGCCAUCUUGUUUAAAAAUAACUGUGAUAAUAUUUGUUGUACUGGUCAGAGUGUUACUUAACAAAACAAAUUAACCAGCUCACAAAUUAUAUCCAGUGGGCUUUGGCUUAGAGUUUGUCUGUACUGGGAUAUAUCCUUGGAUAUAUAUACAAUCUUCUCCAUAUUUCAAAACUGUUAUUUAGGAGUCACAGUUAUGGAUGUGCAUCCAUACAGUCAGUUAGAAAGAAAAAAUUUGAAGUUUUGCUCACUCGACUACAAAAUCUUCCAAUUUCCGUAUAUCCCUCAAUAAGAAAGGUAGAAACCUGCAUAAGGCAUCACCUUUUUUUAGACUACCACGUAUUUUAAGAAAUACCCCACAAAGUAUCCUUACAUUUGCUGAGUACAAAUCUGCUUUUUACCUUUCUUAAAAGAACUGUUACGUAUACUUCUGUUAUUUCUGGAAUGGACAGUAAGCAGCAGAAUCUUCUUCACUGUAAAUUUUUAGGUUGUUCUGUCCGACUAACACCAAACAGAACAGACGGGGGGGCGGGGUGUGAGAGGCUGGAGCAGAGGUACCAGAUGCCAAGCUGGGGAAGAAAAUAUGACUGUAACAGAGGAUUUUAGUAGAGCAGAAAAUACUUACCAAAUGGAAGCAGAGGUCUGUAUGACAUUCAGCGAUUUUGGAAAAAUGCAGACUGUUUGCAAUCUACUCAUUGAAAAGUUAGGAACCUCUGUUACCAUCAGCCCACCUCAUUUCUACCAUACGCCAGAAGCCAUUGACACCCUUCGCCGUCAAGUAUGCGUUGCCGCUGUUGGAAACACACGUCGGAAAGCUCAAGAAGUCUGUCGACUGUUUGGCCAGUCAUUGGGAAAACCUUUAUUAAUAAGAGAAGAAGAAACAAAAGAAUGGGGAGGCCACGUAGACAGUCAUCUAUCCAACUCCCCGGAGUCACUGACUCUGCAGGAAAGAAUCCAGAAUGCUACUGCUUAUGCUUCUUGUAGAGUGUUUGCGGUGUUUGAGCUAAAGGGAAAAGAAAACAGAAGAAACAAGUUGCUUUAGCAACUUUCAAAUCCAACACAUUUUCUUAAUAAAAUUUUUAUGCUUUCUUGA